CAGCUUUCUCGGUUCAUUUGCAUUUAUUUGCUUUUUUUCGGAUAUAACGACCGUACUAAAACGUUACUACGGGCUCUGGGUGACUAAUUGUCGGACACCACGAUUCCCAUGUAUUCCCCAACGUAUCUACACGCAAAACCCACUCGAACCUGCCUACAGUUGCCAUGACCACCAUACCGAAUGUUUACAUCGCUACUGUUCCUCGUUGUACUUCGUCGUCUUGGAUAGGUAUACGUAGCCAGUGCAUAAUACGGAAUAAAAAUAAAAGUCAAAUAUUGGUAAAAAGGAAAUGUUCGGUACGAUUUCGGACCACAGAAGCACAGCGAAGGCGUUCAACUUCGAUAUGGAAUCAAAGAGUCAGGUGAAAUUUGACCAAGGUGCCGUAUCGGAGACAUUCCUGAAGAAAUCAACCAGGCGGUCGACGUUCGCUGUACCUGGAAUUUUGGCAAUUGACGUAGAUCACGAAUAUGACGAAGACGAAUCUGAGGGUGAUGGGGAAAACAAGACUCGUCAGGAAUCUGAGUACGCGGGACCGUUUGAAAUUAGUGCCGCAAUUUUGAAACAAAUACAACAAGAAUUGUGCCUCAUACAACUCAGCUGGCCAGAGAUAAAGUAUAUCGACAUAGAGAAAAAAUUUCUACCUUCAAGUUACAACAACAACAGCGACAAAGAAAAGCUUUUGCUGUGGUAUGCUGAAAAUUUUCGAAAACAAUAUCACACCAUAUACGCGGAUAGAAAACCGUUGCUCUUCGCACGCGACAACGAAUGUGAGAUACACAAGUUUGUCUCGUCGUCGAUCAGGCCGAGUACUCUGCCGUAUCCGGAAUUGUCUACAUGGCAGGGAUGCGCAAAAUUUGUCAGCGACUACCUGACGUACGAACCACCAAGAAAUCCGAUUCUCAUGGUAAGUUCUUGGCUCGAUUUCUGCCUACCAGCUUCAGUUAAUGUCCGUAUCAAUUCUAGCCUAUUCAUAGAUCUCCGCAAGUAGUCG